CAACACUGAUAAUGUCUAGAAUCACGAUUAUCGACGUAAAACUCUUUCUCUUUAGAUUUAUUCCUCUUAAACGUAGAAACAUGGCAACUCUUAAGGAGUUUCAAGCCGGGACAACGCUGAACGUGAAGGAAUGAUAUCUAAUAGGAUUCCAGUUUGUUAUUUACAACGAAUGUCGAAAAAUUUACGAUCAUGAAUAUCUCUGCCAAACUCCAAGUUCUACAAGCUUUAUUUGGGUUUACGAAGAACUUCUCGCCGAAUAAAAUCAGUGUGAAGUUUCUCAAGGGUGAAGGAGAGUUACACAACUUGGAGCUCGAUGAAAAAAUCAUCUCAGAUUUAUUAGAAUUGCCUCCGUGGCUUCGUAUCACAAAGGCUGUCUGCAACAAGAUUUCCGCGAAGAUUCACUGGACUAAGCUCAAGACAGAUCCAAUAUGCCUGUACUUAGACUGUGUAGAGAUUGACAUGGAAGAAGUAAUCCUGACCCACACAAAUUCAACUUCCAUCCCACCACGCACUCCUCUUCCUCCGCCUCCACCAACCAAGGAGAAGCAGCCCAACCGCUACGGAUUUGUUGAGAAAGUCGUAGAUGGAAUGUUCGUCCAAAUGAACUCAGUCAACAUAUCAUUCAAGUCGUUACAAUUCCAGGCAAGCGUCCAGAUAUCUCGUCUCAUAAUUCAAAGUACAACACCAGAAUGGAAGCCGGAUGAUCUGCGGAAUACUCGCAUUAAGGAUGAAGGGAGAGGAGAGGUGUUGACAUUUAAGGAAAUUCAUUGGUCAACUUUGAGGAUUGAUGCUAAUGCGAUAGUACCUGAAAACUGCAAAGAAAAAUCUUCACCAAUCAGACUAAUCACUAGUCAAUCAGCACUUCAUAUAACCAUCAAAAAGAAGCUUGAAGAUUGUUCUGUAGUAUCAGCGCAUCUAGAGCUAUUACUCGAUGACAUAUUAUGGGUACUGAGUCAAUCACAACUCCAAGCUUUAGUAACUUUUAUGAAUUCAAUAAAUAAAGCUAUUGAAAAAUCGGGAGCAAAGAAAGAACCGACACCCAAUGGAGUGACACCCGGACAGACCACCCAGCAACAGGCGCCACUGCAAUAUACCUCCUCAAAUCUACAGAAUAAUCCUGACUCAGACCAAGGCUCUGAUUUCUCAAAGCAUGAUCUACUUGAAACGUCAUAUCACUUGCGAACUGGACAAAUUGAUUUACAUCUAUGCGACGACUCAAAUGAAAAGGACAAGGAAAAUGGUACCGACUCCCUGGCGGGCGGGGCCAUGCAGAUACAUAUCAAUAAACUAGCAAUUGAUAAUUAUCCGUAUCACUUAGCAGGGACGUCUAGGACUAAAUGGGUGUGCCAUAAUGAGGCAUCACUUACUCGUGCAUACUGGGUUAACCAGUUACUUAAUACAUUUAGGAAUAAUGUUAAGAGUAGGAAGGUGCCAACGCCAGAUGGGAUGGCGACGAGGCCCACAAGAAGUAAAGCUGAGGGAACAUCCAGUACAGAUAGCCCUUCACCACCAGCCCCUGCACGCCACCAUCCUCCACCACCUUCUCCUAACCCAUCCCACAGGUCUACCCCACCCAGCCCACAACACCAACGUAUCGGACAGACACAAAGUCAGCGCCGCCCAGUGUUCAUGUACGAAAACUGUUAUUUGGUUCGAUGUGAAGAGUUUUCAAUCAUGCCUGUCACGACGUACAAUGCACCUGAUGAGGGUGUUGCAUUCUUGUCGUCUGAUAAGAAGGCUCUUUAUCUACCCAGUGAUAUGCCAGCUUUCCAGGUUGAUUAUACUCAGUACUAUUACCCCACUGGCAUAACAUCACCAGUUCCAACUCCAAACCUGUUUGUCCAGUUGAACCCAGUACAGCUAACACUGGAUACAACCACAUGUAUCUGGUUUAACCGGUUUCUUAGGACUAUUUUCAGUGUUGGGGAUUCUUCUUGUGGUUUACAAGCCCAGCAGCCCUCAAGACCUUCACACGUAGAUAUCAGAUUUGAAGCUUUAAUGCCAAAGAUUGUUCUUCCCUGCCCCAGCGAGGCAGGCUGUCACUACCGCGAAUCUCGACCCCAGGCCCUCCAGAUCCAAAUAUCACAGGUAGCCCUUACAAACAGUCGCGUAGGCUCCAACUCCUCUCAAACAGAGCUCCUGAUGCUCCUACAACAGUUCUCAUCGUCCAAGCUAUACACUGAUUACAACAGGUUCCCUAAUGAGUUCAGUGACGUCAGACCACUUAGUAACUUGGCCUGGUUGAAGGAUUUUGGUGUGGUGGAUGACCCUGUAAGGAUUGAACGACUUAUGAAUGGAUUGAGGACAGACACGACGGGGCCAUGUAAACCCUCUCAGGUGUGGUGCUUGUCAGCAGACCAGUGUUGGGCGGAUUUCAUGGGCAUCACCAACAACAAGAACCGUCCUAUGCCCUUCAUCGAAGCUAUACCCCUACGACUAUGGGUAUGUACCCCUUUACCUAAAAACACCCCAGAAAUAACCCCUCCUAGCCCCACCCAGUCUGACGACGAAGACCCUCGAAGAAUACCACAGCCUUCGUCAGUGGCUUCGUCUCCCGGAUGUGUGCGUUCACACCUACAAACCUCGGCAGCAAUCCAUAUAUCCAACUCAAGCCCUAACCUUAAGCACGGGUCUAAAGACGUGAACACUCUAGGCAAUCGCAUCAAUGAUAUAAAACCAAAGAAAGAACUUGGUAUAAGUCCACCAGGUACCAGCUCGCUUCCCGGUUCUCCGAGAUCGAGGGAUGUUGGGUUCGACCCCCUGACGGACAUGAAGAGAGGGAGACAUGAAAAUGAUUUCAUCAUUGGCAAGUCUUUUCCGGUGGCUAGUCUGUCAAAGAACUCGCAGUCGCUAAGUUCUUUGAGCCAGGAAGAGUUAAACGGAGGGGUCGAUUCAUCUUCACACGGUAGUGACACCAGGAAUAGUGACGGAGGGCUAGAUCAAUCCAUCCCUGUUGCGAUUACUAAUAAUAAAAUAGACACUACUAUCUCGGGGAACGAAAAUCCGAAGGACUCGUCUCGGGUUACCAAUAAAGGACCAGGCUCGUCGGAGAACUUCCCUCAUGGGGGCUCCAACACAACUAAUGAAGAUGCUCCUAAUUUACGCAAGGGAUUUGGGUCGUACUCCAGCAAUGAAGAAGAAAACUUAAGUGAUUACCCAAUGGACUUGCCAAAAGUAGCAGACUUGAGUGCCCUAGCCAUCAUCCCCGCGCACUUUACAGUUCAAUUUGAUCAUUUCCAAUAUAUCUUUUUACUACGGCUCCAAGAAUCUUUGGUGAAGAUGCAAGAGGAGCUCAGUGCCGAGGCACGGAGGCACCUCAGUGAAUCGACCAGUACCUCGGAUGUUCCCUCUGGGAACGUCACCUUCUCGCUGCUCGCUAAAAGGGGUGAAGUUAGUUUAAUACUUCCUCCCGGCCCCGAGUUGUCCAACAGUAGAGGUAACAGUAGUGCGAGCAGUUAUCUAGACCCGGGGUUUGUGUCUGACGGAGAGCCUGCGUUACCCGAUGUAGCAACCGAUGGGCUGGACACUAGAACAGAUAUAAUCUCUCCAUCACCCAAAGACGAACAGAACAUCCCUCCGUUAAAUAUACAGUCCAAGUCAUCCCGUGCAGAUUUACUUCCGUUCUCUAAUGGGACUUCCGGCACCGGUCAGAUAGGGCGUUGCAGCACCUCUCCUAUGGGUGACCCAAGUGGCUGGUCACAAGAUGGUGAUAAGGUUGUGACUAAAGCACGACGAGGUAGCGAUGCUAGUACUAGUAGUAGUCUGCUUGGAACAAGCGUCGAGUCUAGUGCGAGAAGCAGUGCUAGGAGUAUGAGAUCAAGUCGGAUUGUUUCUAUAUUCACAGCAGAAGGGACUGAUCUUCACUUGGGUAUCCAGAUGGAAGGAGAUGACACCACGGUCAAGGUUACACUACAAGAUCUUCAAGUCGACGAGAAAGGGAACCACAUCUUCGAGAAGUAUUUAAACCAGAAGUCCUUCAAAGCUCCACACGAGAGCUCCACCAUAGUGCCACACCCACUCCCCACCUCUCCCCCCUCGGUGAGCGUCCGAGCAGAGUUUGGGCCUGGGGCCGAGCGUAAUACACCGUCCGCUGGGGAGCGUGGAUUUGCGCAUGUGCAGUUGGCCAACAUGGCUUUGUCGUUAUCAAUGAGUAACAUGGAGAGUUUGAGUGAGUGUUUCGAUGACGAGAUCCUGUAUCCCAAAAUGCCCUUCUACGUAGAGUUGAAGUCUUCGAGUCUUUGUGUCCGUGACGACAAGCCACCAAGACUGCUUUCCGCUCCCCCACCCCUCCCCCUGAACGUCAACCUUGAAAACAUCUCGAUCUUUAGGAACCAAGAGGAAGUUAUUCACAUCAAAGCCUUGAAUCCUCCCCCCGGAAUUAGCGGCGCUGGUGGAAGUACAACAGAAGUCGAGGAGCCAUUCCGGGGGGACUUGAGUCGGUCUCUGUCGCGCCUGUCACGCACUACCAGCGAUCUGAGUCUUGCGGAGUCCAUCUCGUCACGUUCAGAUAACGACAGUGAACGAGAGUGUAUAAAGGCACAGCUGUCGGUAUCCCGAGCGGCAUUGCACGCCGUGCAAGAUGAGCGUCAGGCGUUACUCAAGACUAUAGAGCGACUACAGUACGAGCUGGCGAUGUCGAACCGAGAGCAAGAUCGUCUACAAGCCAAGGUCAUUGCUUAUCAAUCUGGAGGUACGGCAGCUAGGAGAAAGACGCACCAAUAAAUCGGAAAAAGUUCUGUAUUCCGUCGGAAACCCCGCACGAAUUUAAUCAACCGCUUGUCUCGCUGUGUAUUGAGUUGCUCGCGAGUAGAUCGGAAAGAAAUCGGUAUUCGUUCGGAAACAUCCCGUAUGCAUGUAUUUGGCAUUUUGUCUCGCUGUAUUGAGUUGUGCGCGAGUAGAUCAGAAACAAAUCGGUAUUCGCUCGGAAACAUAUGCAUGUGAUCGGCAUCUUGUUCCACUGGUCGUCUCACUGUGUAUUGAGUUAGCGUUCAAAAAGAUCGGAAUCAAAUCGGUAUUCCCUCGGAAACAUCUCGUAUGCAUUUAAUAACCAGCUUCUCUCGCCGUGUAUUGAGUUAGCGUUCAAAAAGAUUGGAAACAAAUCGGUAUUCGCUCGGAAACAUCCCGCAUGCAUUUAAUCAACAGCUUCUCUCGCUGUGCUUUGAUUUAGAGCUUAGGUAGAUCGGAAACGAAUCGAUAUAUAAUCGUUGCUUAGAAAGACAUUCGUAAGUAGAUCGGCGACUCUUCGGCAUCAGAUCUGAUUUCAUUCUGACAAAAAUCAUGAGUGUAUUUCUUUUGGUAAGUCGACAAAAUACGUUUCGUAAAGGUCCCGUCGUUUUAUUUGAGAAGAUAUUUUAAUAUUAGGGAAAAAAAUUCAUUUUGAAAUCUUAUGCUUAAAUGAAACGAUAGACGAAGUAUUCAAAAUUCGAAAAUUACCUCAUUUAGAGUUUAGGUCCAUAUAAAGUCCGUGUCUGUCUGUCCUGCAAGUGUACUUAUCCUAUGGAGAAGCGUGAUAGAGUACAAACACUAAAAGUGUGCAACAUAGAUAUCACUAAAAUAGAGGAUAUAACACGGGCGCGCGGAGAUGUGUUGAAAAGAGCUCAAAACGAGAGAUUUUCAACACGAGAAGGUAAAUUUCGUAUCUCCAAGCGCCCAUGUAAUAUUCUGUUUAUCAUAUAUUUAUCCAUAAAAUCAACUUAACAAGCUUUUUAUUAUUAUGAAAAGUUUUUAUUCUUAAACUAAUAGCUUGAAUACACAUGCUAACGAUAUUUUCACAUGUGAAAAUAACAUGUUAUUUUCACAUGUGA